AUGUCCAAAGGAACUUCUCUUCGUGGUUUGGUGGAACAGGCGGCUAAAGGGCAUUUGCAAGGCCCCAAGCGCAAGAACAAGGCUCGCAAAGACAAGAACAAGCGAGCUUUGCCUCGUCAGUCUCCGGGUGAUGCCAGUGCGCAAGUCGCACCCUCCCGCGCGUCUUCUCUCUCUUCCCUGGUGCCGUCCAUGUGGGGAUCGGGAGAAAUUUCCUCAGUGUCUCAAAGCAAGGCCGCGCUGGAAAAUGGUACUAGACCGAAUGGCAAGGUUGUCUUUGUGCAGCACGAACACGUUGCGGCGGAGCUCUUGGACUUAGGGCGGCUUCACAACAUCAAAGGCGAGUUCAUGGUGAUGGUCCCUUUUGGGAUGGAAGUUCCGGGGCAUGAGGCAUCUGAGCAAUCCUUUCAGUAUGUUGUCGAGGACGGCAAACAGCGCUUGCUCAAGGUGGACGUGUACCUCAUUGGCCAACGCCCGGAUUACGUGGAUCGGCGUGUAGUCAAAUCGACGGCUCAAGUGAACGUUACUCCACUGGAUCUGGUUACUUUCUGGGCACAGAUUCCGCAGUCAUGUGUCCAACCUGCAGUGUGGAAGGUUAUCCUCAAUGGGCCUGUGGCGCAUCUGAAGCAAUGGUGUGCAAUGUGUGGUCAAGGUUGCUUCCAUUCUACUUUUGCAUGGAAGCGCAACACCUACAAAACCAAGGAGGGCAAAGACGAGGUCAUCCUUGAGGGCUUCUUGAAGGUUCCCACGGCCAAGGCCACGGAGGUGUUGAAUCAUUCGGGUCGCGCGGGCUUGUUCUUGGAGCGCACUCGACAGGAGCAACCACGUCGUGACCCUGUUGAGUGGAUUCCCCCGUUGGCAGAAGAAACGUCAGCGGGCUACUAUGCUAGGGUAUGGGCGGGCCGCAAUGGCAAUGGAGUUGCUUUUCGGCGAGGAGGAGGGUCGUGGCUGGGAGUUCGGCAAAAGACUUUCACUCCGAAGCGCAGACUGUGGAAAGUCACCAAGGUUUCGCAACUGUGGGGCGAGACGGAAUUGAUUGAAGCUCUCGAGGGCAUCGGUGCUACUGAGGUUGAAGCUCACUCAGGCCCCAAACGUCGAGGAGGUUUCUGGCUCAUGUAUUUCCAUUAUCCACAGGAUGACGGCACUGGCAUUCAUGGUUUUGAAUGUGGCGGCCAAACGAUGUGGUUUUCCUACAUGACUGGCCGCAAUGUGACGGUGAAGGAUCAGCGCAAAGUCUCCCCUGGAGCAUGGACAAGUCUGCGACCCACGGCACCUCGUGCAGAAACGGACUCUAACGAGGAGGCGGGGGAGACCCUUGAGGCCCGAGAAAGCCCUGAACUCCUGUCUUCUGGGGAACAGCACCAGAUGGAUGUGGAUUCGACGAAGAAGGAACCUGGCAAGCGCCCGGCGGCUAGCCCGGCUAAGCCUCCUUCUAAGGUGGCGAGGGCGGUUAAAGCGCCGACCAAAGAGCAGGACUUCGAUCUCAUUGAUUGUGGGGCUGCUGGGCAGUGUGGCUUCAAUGUCAUCGCACUCGGGAAAGCAUGUGCUGGCAAAGGACGGAAGGAGGUGGAUGAGAAGCGUACGCAGGCUGCCCUCAUGGGCACCACCCUCCGGGCAACCUUAUCGGCAUACCUGCGACGACACCCCGACCUUGUCCAGUACUUCGUGAAGGACGCUGGCACAACAGACCAGAAUGAUGGCCCUGCACCCAGUACAUGGGACGAGUUUUGUCAAGCGGUUCUGAGGCCCAAGUUCUGGAUUGACGCCCUGUGCAUCAUGGCUCUGGCGCGACGAUUGCAGGCUAGAAUCGUGGUUUUGGUUUGGUCUGAAGGGUCGUGGUCUAACAAGCACUUCUUCGGCAAACCUGGCGACCCACUUGUUGUCAUGGCGUACAAGGACCAUCAUUACCAGUUAGUGGUUCCCAAGCAAGGCAAGGAAUUUCCGCCGGAAUGGUCCAGCAACAGCGAGCAUUGGGGCAUUGAGGAGCUUAGCGGCCAAGGGCGGGGGGGGACACGUUCCACAGUGUCCGCUUCCUCGUGGCUCCCUCCUUCGACCAGGGUGAGUUCUGUGUCCCGACGCACGUCCUCGAAGCCUCCGUCUUCGCGCUUGAAGUUUUCUGCACGACCCUCGUCUUGGAUUCCGCCUUCUUCUUCUUCUUCCGGUUCGCGCAAGCAAGUUGCAGCGAAUGCGGUCUCGUCUCCGCCCUCUCCGAGUGCCGCGGUGACUCAGGACUCAGAGGGCGACAGAGACCAGCAUGCCUCGGCCCGGCGCCUGGGCGAACCUGUGGAGACUGCAAAAGGCUCUAGGAUGCUGUGGUGGCCAUGUCCGUUAUGCCCUUUUCGCCUUUACCGUGUGGCAGGAGAUGAGGUGCACAACAACGGGCUCUGCAAACGUAAGAAGUUGCACUGUGAAGUGAUUCAUGGUGUUCCUGCCCCGCCGGCCGCUAGGGGGUCAGUGGGGGCGGUCAUGCAGCAGCUGCAGGCCAGAGCCGCCAACCUCAAGUCCUCAUAUCGUUCGGCGAUCAAAUGGAUGCGGGGACAGAAGUGGGCCUUUGCCCAUCGCAUGGCCGGCAAGGUCCGAUGGGACAAGUGUGGGACAUAUGAAACGUGGGUGGAUCAUUGUGUGCAGUGCGCCAAAGUUUUUCGCCUGGCUCAUGUUGCUGGAGGGUACUGCUUGCGACAUCCUGACCUGAAGCAUAUCCCGACAGACAGCGCCUCUUCCGUGCGAACAGAGACGAGGCUCGGCCCAAAGGAAGUGCCCAACACCGAGGUCAGUUGGCGAGGCAAAGCAAAGGCGAGCAAAGAGGGCGCUCCUCUGGCCGGCUCCGCAAGUUGCAGAAGGCGGGGCAGAAUCCUCUUCCGCAGUAUGCGGUCUCCGAUGUGGGUCCGCUGUGUGGGUAACCUCCGUGGUGGUUCACGAGAAGGCUUAGUUUGGUCCGGCAAUCUCUCUUCGUGGCGAUUGCAUGCGAAGUGGUUUCUCGAUGAAGCAGUGGCACAUCAUGUCGAUGUGGCAUGUUUGCAGGAGACGCAGUUAUCCCACAUUAUGCUCCCGGGUGCAGCGUCUUUAGCGGCCAGAUCUGGCUACCAUCUUUGCGCUAUUCCGGCUCCCGCCACUCGGCGAGGCGGAGUUGCUAUUUUGGUUCGUCAGGACCUGCCCACGAGGGUCAUGCGGGAAACGUCUGCAUCGACCGGGCAGCUUCUUGUUGCGGAGGUUGAGCUCAACGGUUGUCCUGUGCAGGUGGCUUCAGUGUAUUCCUCUGUGAACGAAACGGCCGUCUCUGAUAGUGUCUUGGAUUGGGCUCGAACUUUGCGAGAUCGGCCAGCCAUUGUUGCGGGUGACUUCAACAAGUUGGCGCGUGAUGAGGACUUUCUCGGCAAUUUGACCGACCUAGACUUCGCGGUUCAGGCGAGAGGCGGGCACCGGACUAGUCCGUCUCCCAUUGACUUCAUCUUCGUCAAGAACAUCCAAAGGGCGGGUGGUAGCGUUUGCGCAGAGCAUCAACUGGAAGACCAUGACUUGCUUUGGCUAAGUGUGGCCCGGGUCCCGUCGAGGCCCCGGAUGUUGAGAAUGCUGGAGCAUCCCAAAUUGCGACCACCUCAAACGUCGACGGACAUGCCGGCUGCGGACGCCCCUUUUGAUGACGACGGUUGGAGGCAAUUGCUCGACGAGGGCGACGUGGAAGCGGCCUGGUUGCUCCUUUCCCGUGCGGCGGAGGACCAGCUUCGUCGCUGUGGUCGUGUUGUCGGAUCUGAGCGUCAUCCCCGAGGUUCGUUGCCCAAGGUGGUUCCGUCAACGUCUCGUAUUGGUGCUGGCCAGUCCCAUCGGGAAAGACAGCUGCGCAGAUCGGUCCGCCUGGCUAAAGAAGUGACAUUUCGGGCUAGGAGGGCGUCUUCCUCUCCCAUCCCUGCGGAUCUUGCAAGGAAGCUGGGAAAAGCUUUGCGCCGUGAAGGAGGCGACCCACAAUUGGUCCAGCAAAGGCGAUGGCGUGAGAUUGAGCAAUAUUUUCACGGAUUGCUGAAUGCCCUUUUGCAGGCAGAGAGCCGACAAGCCUUGAGUGAGUGGCGCCAGCGAGUCCAAAAUCCGUCGCAGGCCAUCACGUGGGUCAAGAAUGAUGUGCGGCCCCUGCUUGUGGUCGACGUUGAGGAGGGCACCCGUGCGGGACCAUCUGCUGUUGCUGAAGCCAUGCGUUCUUGGUGGUCGAGUCUGUGGUCUACCACUGCCGCCCAAGACCUAGAUCACCUGCGGGAGCGACUUGAUAGCAUGUGCCGAGCUGCGGGACGGAAUGUCUCGCCCGACCAGCUGCAGCCUCUCCAGGCUGCGGACUUGCAGGCGGUCUUGCGGAGCAUGCUCACGAAAGCUACGGGCCUUGAUGGGUGGGAGGCCCAAGCCUUGCUGGCUCUCAGUCCCUUGAUGUUUGAUCGCUUUGUCUUUUUCUUGCAGGAGGUGGAGAGAUUGCAGCAGUGGCCAGAUGCAUUGUGCGCUUGGAGGGUGGUGUACAUCCCCAAGAAAAUCAGUCGUAAUCCGGGCUCUUACCGCCCGAUUGCGGUUGGCGCCAUUCUGUAUCGGGCGUGGGCUAAACUGCGAGCAAGCCAGGUUGCGCGGAAAUUUUCGUUCAGCUUUGCCCCGACUCAGGGCGGUGGCCGGGGAGUCCCGGAUGCCCCAGUACUGGUCAUGGACAUCUUGCAACGUCAGCACGAGGGCUGGGUUUAUGGGGCUGCCUUUGACUUGGAAAAAGCGUUCGACUCCAUGCAUUCGGAUUUGGCAGUGGAUGUCAUGCUUAGGCAUGGCCUGCACCCCAGUGUCGCAGGAGAUCCCUUCUCUCCUUGGGCUCUGAGUCUGUGGAUGGGCUUGCUGGUCCAAGAGGCUCUCAGAAACCUCUUCCCACGAGCCUUUGUGGAAAAGCCGGUUGUCCUGGGCCACAUGGUGGGCAGCGCUGAAAGUGACAACCCUGAAGAGGACAAGGCUUUUCGGUGGACAGUUGCGCGGUCUCUCAUGGUCCCGAAGUUGGCAUGGCACUAUGGCACUGGCCGUGUCCCGUCCACCAAGGCGAGCUCGGAGUACAAAGCCUUGCUCAAGGCCGCUUUGCAGGGCCGAGCUCAGGGAUCAAGACAUUCCUGGGAGCUUCGCUUGGCCUUUCAGUUGGGUUAUCAGGGCGACCUCUUGACGUGUGCUGCAUUGACUUUCUUCCGAGUCUUUACGAAGUGGCUUCGCAUGCCUGGCUUACUUCCGGCUAGCUCGCCGUCCACUUUUGAGAGUGCAAUCUCAAGCCCACGCGCGUCUGUCUUCGAAAGGGCAGCGGCUAGGCUUGGGUUUCAAGCCUUGCAACCUCCUCGACGCAGGGAUCCUCAGUCUAGGACGUGGGUCUGGAUUUGCAUGGGUGCUCAAGUCUCGCUCCCAGGACUGGUUGGCAUCAUCACGACGGGCUGGGGUGGACGUGGCCCCUUGAUCUACAGACUUCUCGCGGCCAACCGGGUUGAGAAGAAGUUUCAUCCGGAAGACAUCUUUCGGAGCCACGGGUGGAGAAGAAGUUUCAUCUUGAAGUCUUCUUCUGUUCGAUCAGGUCAUCGACCGCAGCUUCUGCAGGCUUCAAUGGGUGAUGAGCCAUGCCCAUGGGCUGGUCUGGCCUUUCUUCGAUGCUUUACCCGUGUCUGGCUGCAUCGUCAUGUCCAUGUCAUUGGCCGCAGCUUCUGCAGGCUUCAAUGGGCGAUGAGCCAUGCCCAUGGGCUGGUUUGA